GCCGCGGGGCUCCAGGGAUCCGGGAGCGGCGGGCGGCCGUCGGGGAUGUCCUACAAGCCCAUCGCUCCCGCCCCCGCUACCCCCGGAGCCGCCAGCGCCAGCCCCGCCCCGCCGGGGCCCGGGGCACCGUCCGCCGCCACGAGUGUCCCGUCGCCCUCCGGUUCCGUCCCUGGCGCCGCCGCCCCUUUCCGGCCGCUCUUCAAUGACUUCGGGCCGCCGUCCAUGGGCUACGUGCAGGCCAUGAAGCCCCCCGGGGCGCAGGGCUCGCAGAGCACCUACACCGACCUGCUCUCGGUCAUCGAGGAGAUGGGGAAGGAGAUCCGGCCCACCUACGCCGGCAGCAAGAGCGCCAUGGAGCGGCUGAAGCGGGGGAUCAUCCACGCCCGGGCGCUGGUCAGGGAGUGCCUGGCAGAGACAGAGCGAAACGCCCGCACGUAACGGCAGCUGCCACCCGGGACCCCCCGGGACCUCCCGGUGGUGGCGGCGGGGGCGGGGGGGCCGCCGUGCUGCCCGAGCCCCCCCUCCCCGCGCUCUCCGCUCUUUCUAAAUGCGUGUUUUUAUAAAUAAAGGACAAUGUUGGGA